AAAGAAGAGGAAAAUAAUAUAUUAAGAGGUAAAAGAGGGGGGCUAGUAAUAAAGAGAGGCGUUUAAUAACAUAACAGCACACCAUGGUGCCAAACCCAAAUCAGAUGGAGACAUCUCUCCCUCCACCUCACCCCCUUCCUCCGAAGGAAUCGCUCGUUCAACGUUACAAAUUUGUUUGGCGUCUUCUUCUCAUUUCAAAUCUUGCUCUCGGAGCUUAUAUGUUCGCGAAGGCAAGAAAGAAAGAUACGGGCACACAUGAUAACAGAGCUGCUGCUAAAGUUUCCUCUGCUCCAAUUGUGACUACAACUACUCCAAUUCCUGAGGAACCAGUCCUCUCUCCUCCAAUUACAGAGCCUGUAAAGGUGCGCGAACCCAUUCCUGAAGAUCAACAGCGUGAACUUCUCAAGUGGAUAUUGGAAGAGAAAAGGAAGGUCAAACCCAAGGAUCUUCAAGAGAAGAAGCGAAUUGACGAAGAGAAGGCUAUUCUUAAACAAUUUAUUCGUGCAGAAUCUAUCCCAAGUCUUUGAUGUUCCUUUUGUUCCUCACAGAAGGAAUGCUGGGCAGGCUCCCAAUUCAACUGGUGCUCCUUCAAAGUCAAUUAUUCAAAUGUUGCGUGUCACUGGUUUCACCUGCCUUUUCAUUGUCUCGGGUUUGGCUUUAUAUUUGGACCUGACUUGUACAUCUCCUGUUACUCUCUAGCUCGCAUCCUUUUAUUUUUUGGCCAUUUAUGUGAAUCUUAUAAUUCCUAGAAAAUGAAGGAUCAAGAAGAAGAAUACAAACGGCCCUCCGCUGAGGAGAUUUUAGAUAUUAUGGAUAUCCAUGGGAUUUUUUAUUUUUUUAUUUUUUAUUUAUAGUGGAAAUCAUUUGCUUUGCUU